GCAUUCAAUUUUUCUUUGGCUCAUCACUUUGUGAAAGACCUUGAGUGCUAACAGUGUUUUUACAUGAACAACUUCAUCUGAAUAUAGAAAACUUACAGGUGCCAGGUAUAGUCAAAUUUGAACGGAUAUCCAUGAUGGAUCCUCCGGACACAAGCUCUCUGUCUUGGUUGAGCGGCACAGCAUUUUUUAUAUUAAUUAUGGCGACAAUGGCAACGGUGCUCUCCUGGAUUGGACGCACCAAGGAACAGCAGACAGUGAAUCAAUAUUUAUUUGGUGGGAAGAAGAUGUCAACUUCACCUAUUGCAGUUUCUUUCAUCGCAAGCGCCGUUUCGAGUCUGCAAAUAUUGGAAAUUCCGAUGGAGGUAUAUCUCCAUGGGACGACGCAACUGCUUGGUGCCUUGAUCUCUCUAUACAUUGCAAUAAUCGUCGUCAUUCGUUUCAUCCUCCCGCAGAUACACAAUCAGCAAUAUAAUUCAUUAUUUGAGUUUCUCCAAAUUCGUUUCAGUAAAAAUACCCGAGCUAUCAUCGCUGCUGCUUUUGUUUUAAAAACCGUACUUUACAUUCCGUUUGUGAUCGCCAUUCCAGUGGCGAGGUUUAGCAGAAUUGCAGCGGUAUCGCCGAAACCGGUGCUGAUUCUGCUAAAUGGGCUGUGGACUUUUAAUCUCGUACUUAGCGGAUUUCAGAGCAUUGUUUGGUGCCAGUGCCUUAGCAUGAUGUCCAUAGUGGUUGGCUUGGCAUUCGCGAUUUUCAUCGGAUGGCAUAGCGUAGGCGGCUUCAAUGAGGUGCUUGAGAUUGCAAGUAGUGGUGGACGCCUGGAAAUUUUCGACAUAAACCCAAGUUCCUUUGCGUGGAGUACUUUCUGGACAACAAUCAUUGGAAUGAGCGCCAGUUGGUUGUAUUACCUUGGCGCAAACCCGGGGUCAUACCAAAAACUUAUUUCUAUACGGAAGGAAAAAAAUGCUGCUGAAGCUUUGGUGUGGUUUGGAGUCGGAUUGACUUUCGUUAAACUCUUAAUGGUGUUCCUAGGGCUCACAUUAUAUGCUGAGUUUAGCGGCUGUGAUCCUCUUUCGAAUAAGGAAGUCAGCAAAGCGUUCCUCGUACUUCACUAUAUCUGGAAAAUAUCAAAUGAGCGUUACAAUUAUCUUGCGUUAAUAUUUAUGAUUGAUAGUAUGUGUGUCGCAUACAGUUUCAUGUCAUCAAACCUGAAUACAGUGUCGGGCAUCAUAUAUGAGGACUUCGUUAAGAGGUCUUAUCUUAAAGAACCUACGGAGCAGCAAGCUACCACAUGCAUCAGGAAAAUCACAUUUUUAGUGGGGGCGUUGGUGACAUUGCUUUCUUUAUUCUACAAUGAUCUGGAUCCAGUUUUAUCUCAGCUCUUGCUGAGUGUUCUCAGAUUCACUGAUGGUGUAAUAGUCGCAAUAUUUUUCAUCGGAUUUCUUCGGAUUCGGAUAAUGAGAUCAAAGGCGACUAUUACAGGCUCCUGGCUCCUGGCAAGAGCAUGUGCAACUGCUUUGAUUGUUUACUGUGUCUUAUGGUCUCUUGAAUCUGGUGACAUUCAAUUCUCGACAAAACCUAUGUCAACAGUGGGCUGUCCCGGGAACAUACAGAAGAAUCCACUCAUGAAACAAGUAGUAGAGGGAGGUGCCAAGCCUCACUUAUUGCAUGGAAGUAGCGAGGAUAUUCAGCCCACAUCGCACGUUCCGCGACUUUCUCGGUGGUCACUCUCCCACUACACUGCCAUUGGCGCCCUCGUUUCUCUCGUGGUAGCCACCCUUUACGGUGACGUCAUCUACGCGGCUGGCCCAGAACAGGACACGGACAACAUCGUCAAAGUCGUUGUACCAACCUCCCAGUUUAAACACAAAAAUGCCGCCGGCACCACACAUAGCAUUGCCAGCAAACCGAAUGCCCUUCUCGACAAAGAGAUCGGAAUGACCUCCAUCAAGUGCGAACAACAGGUGCCUGAGGUUCAUGAGCCAAUGAAAGGCCGCCGUGGAGAAUCGAAGAAAAUGUGACUGGAAAAACUAAUUUAUCAACGUAACUUUUGGUUUUGAUGCUCCGGCCGACGACGCGACGUUGCAACAUCCGCUUUCAAGUUACAACUUGUAUGAUUAAAAAAUAAAUUGAUUUUCAUUGAAAAAUUUGA